CUUAAAUAAUCGGAUAAAGCUGGAAAUUCUGUCUCUCACGCAUCCCUUUCCUCUUUUGCAUCUUCUUCAAUAAUCACUGUUCUUGUCACCCUUUUUUCUUUUAAUUUUCCAUUUCCUUUUCUCUUUGAACAACACCAAUCGAAACUGACACGCCGAAAAAGAGUUUCACUGUGUGUCUGUAUUUGUUUUGUGAGAGACGAACCUGUUAUUAUCAUCUUUGAUGGAGAGAGAGAACCAACAAAUCAACAAACAGACAAAAACCCAUAACCCCACGUUUGCCCCCUCUCCCUCUGUCUCUUGAUUCCAAGGUGCUUUUCUAAUCUCAUGGUUAAAAGGGAAUAUUUUGAGAGAGUUGAGCUCUUAAUUUGCUGGGUGUUAUGAUGAUAAUUUCAUUUUCUUGACUGUGUCGAAUGCCAUUUCUCCAUCUGGGUUUCACAGGAUGUCAGCGGUUGAAGCUCCUCGUGGUGAUCCGGACCCUGCGAAUCCGAGCUCUGUGCUAUUUCGCGAUGCUCGUUCAGCAGCUGGGAGCUGCAGCGACAUGUCGGUACUCGAUGAUUCCGACGACCAGUCGUGGCACUCGGUUUUCGACUCUACAGCUUGGGGGUCUCACGGCGAGGGCCAGUUUUCCGGCGAGAUAGAGGGCGUUCCGGAUGCUGAAAUGGGUCAUUUCAUCUCGGAAUGCUCGUCGGAGGUGGAUUUGGAGAGCGGGGAUUUGGAGGUGAAGGUACAUUUGGGUAAGAUCGAAAGGGAUUGCAGAAUUUGUCAUUUGGAGCUGGAAAGCGGCGGAGGAAGAGAUAAUUUUGAUACUCCAAUUCAGCUUGGUUGUUGCUGUCGAGGUGAUUUGGGUACUGCCCACAAGCAAUGUGCUGAGACUUGGUUCAAAAUCAAGGGAAACACAAUUUGCGAGAUAUGUGGGGCAACUGCACAAAAUGUUGCAAGUCAACAAAUAAAUGAACCAAGCAAUGCAGUUGCGGCUGCAGUACCAUCCUCAGCUCUGACAGCACCCCUAACUCUCGUCGAGACUCGAACGAUCUUCCAUGGUCGACGCAUUAUGAACUUUCUGCUUGCUUGCAUGCUCCUUGCAUUUGCAAUGUCUUGGCUUUUUCACUUCAAGUUAAUGUCAUAGACUUAGGAAAAUCAGCUACAUCUACUGGAGGAAGAAAAUUAAUUAAGAAUGGAAAAUUUGGGCAUUGCAAGUUCUUGAAGCAAUUUGGGUUCUUCACAGGCCUUUGUAUAUAUAUUUAUACUUCAGUUUGUUUAGUUAAUUUUGAUGAGGGUGGUUUAUUUAGGCAUUUCUCAGUUGUAAUGUGGUGAAUGCAGAGGGAUCAGUAAAUUGAAGUACAUCUCUCUUAAACUGUGCUUCUCAAAAUAUGUUUUUCCUGACAACAGCAGCUCCACAAGAAAAAGGAAAAAAAGGACUGAUUUGAGGACAUUUAAAAUAAAAUAUCAAGAGUUGUCAUACAAUCACACCCUGUUCUGGAAAUAACUUCAGAGAUU